AUGGAAGCCGAUUGCAUCCAUUUCGUUCGGAGGUGCCAUAACUGUCAAAUUCAUGGGAAUCUAAGCCAUAUUUCGCCAUCAGAAUUGCAUAGUCUUACUUCGCCAUGGCCCUUCUCUGCUUGGGGAAUCGAUAUUAUUGGAAAAAUUCACCCGACCGCAUCAAAUGGUCACGAAUUCAUCGUGGUUGCCAUAGAUUACUUUACAAGAUGGGUGGAAGCUGAAUCCUACAAGACAUUGGGCGCAAAACAAAUGGCUGAAUUCAUUGAAUCUCACUUAAUAUGUAGAUAUGGGAUUCCACACCAUAUUGUGAGCGACAAUGGUGUACAAUUCCAAGCAGAAGUGAAACAACUAUUGCGUGAAAAUGGGAUCGAGCACCAUAAGUCUUCACCGUAUAGGCCUCAGGCUAAUGGAGCAGUGGAAGCGGCGAAUAAAAAUGUUAAAAAGAUUCUCGCUAAAAUGGUGGAGACAUACAGAGAUUGGUCAAAGAAAUUACCAUACGCCUUACACGGGUACAGAAGAACAGCAAGAACGUCAACUGGUGCAACCCCAUACUCCUUAGUAUAUGGAAUGGAGGCUGUCUUGCCUGUUGAGGUUGAAUUACAAUCACUUAGGGUGGUGUUGGAGGCUCAAGUCCCAGAAUACGAAUGGGCUAGAGCAAGAUAUGAACAAUUGGCUGCAUUGGACGAGAAAAGAACGCGAGCAAUGUUCAAUAACCACAUGAACCAAAGGCGAAUUGCCAGAACUUUCAACAAGAAGGUCAAAAUAAGCAAAAUAAAAACAGGCGAUUUGGUGUUGAAGCAAUCGAGACCAAUUCCAUUUGACCCAAGAGGAAAAUUUCGACCUAACUGGGAAGGUCCAUACUUAGUCAAAAAGAUCCUCUCAAAAGGAGCUAUCAAGCUAUGUAUGUGGAAGGGAAGACUUAGAACAAAUAAGUCACCCACCCUAUCCACAAAGUGGUCGAACUACGUGGACUUUGAUCCUGCAAAAGCAGUUACACACACUCACAAAAUGGCACGGAUGAUCCAUUCACCCUGUUUUAGGAUAGACGAAAAUGAGUACCGUCAUCUUCGAGGGAAGCCCGGAGCUCUGCGCGAAAGUUUUCACUCAAAACUAACUCCUGUUAAAUUCGGAUACGAUUAG